GACGCGCGCUGUGUGCCGGGAGGUUUGGCUUUGGUGGCGGGCGGUUGGUGAUCGGUCGCCAGAAUGGCGACGGGGAAUGGGUCGCUCUCGGAUUUCCCCGAGAGCUUCAAUAACUCGUUUUGUCCGAAAUGCUCCGGCAUGGAGUACGCGGCCGCUGCUAAGUGGGUCCGGCUGAAUGUCGGCGGCACUCGAUUCCUGAGCACCCGGCAAACCCUGUGCCGCGAUCCCAAAUCAUUCCUGUACCGACUGUGUCAAGCCGACCCGGACCUGGACUCUGACAAGGAUGAUACUGGUGCCUAUCUAAUAGAUCGAGAUCCCACCUAUUUUGGCCCAAUCCUGAACUACCUGCGGCAUGGGAAGCUGGUUAUUAAUAAAGAUUUAGCAGAAGAAGGUGUACUAGAGGAAGCAGAGUUUUACAACAUCACAUCACUGAUAAAGUUAGUGAAAGACAGGAUAAGAGAAAGAGACACCAAAACAUCACCGAUCCCAAUGAAACAUGUCUACAGAGUGCUACAGUGCCAAGAAGAAGAACUCACCCAGAUGGUGUCGACAAUGUCUGACGGAUGGAAGUUUGAACAGCUGGUCAAUAUAGGAUUCCCCUAUGGCUAUGGGCGGGACCAUCAGUCAGAAUUUCUGCUGAUUGUGUCGCGGCAAGUGAAGGGGGAGGAGACCAGUUUCCACAACAGCAGCAGUGAGCUGGUCAGUAUGGGCUCUUCCUACAACUAUGGAAAUGAAGAUCAGGCUGAAUUUCUUUGUGUGGUCUCCAGAGAAUUACAUAAUACUCCUUAUGGCACAAAUUCGGAACCCAGUGAAAAAGCCAAGAUUCUGCAAGAACGAGGAUCACGAAUGUGAAGUCAGUAUUGACCUUGAACAUGGAAGGAAUUUUAAGUUAUUGUACUCUCAGAAGAAAUGCAAAUGGAAACAGAACAACCUAAGAACGUUGUGACAUGAAAAUGUCUUGCAAAAUCUUUAAAUUUGGAUUGACCUUUCUCAUUCUCUCUCUCUCUGUCUCUCUUCCUCCCCCUCCCUCUCUCUCUCCCCUCCCCCUCUCUCCCUCCCCUCCCCCUCUCUCUCUCUCACUACAAUUGUGUUUUCUAACUGACAGUGAACUCUUCAAGGGUUUGGAAAUGUUUAUGGAUUAUGGAUAAUGUCUGUGCUAGCUGGGAGCAGCAUUGAUACCUCCAUAUCAGGGACUCACCUGGCCAGAAGGCUGCUCUGAUGCUUCCUUUCCCUCCUGGGAUUAGACCAAUGAACACCUGUUUACAAAAGAAUUAGCUUGUUAUUUUACAAUGAAAUCUGGAGCCUGAAUCAAGUGUAUAACUGAGGUACAGUUUACUGAUUACAGAAUGAAGGCUGUGCCUUGUUCAACAGAUACACAUUUCCACUCAGAGCUGCUUUGGUUACACUAGUUCCUUUAUAAAUAGUUGUGUAGGUGGUGAGAAGAAGCAGGUUUAGUGGUUGGAUGAUCAUCACUCACUGUACUUUGUAAAUGGGCUGUUUAAAUGGACUGGGUGCUCUGGUAGGGACUGGGAUUGGGCAAAAGAAGUUUGAUUAAAGAAUUCAGCACCUCUUGUCAAGAAGAGGUAAUUUCAGUUAAAGCUCAUUGUUCAGGGAAUUAAAUGAGUUAUCAAACAGUUAAAUUCAGAUGGGGGUAUUUUCAAUUUGAUUGCCUGGUUUACUGCUUUUUAUCUCACUAAUUGCUGUUUGAAGUGGUUUGUAUGCUUUAGAAUUCCUUUAUUUUUUUUAGGGUUCUUGUGUAUUAUUAAAGAUUAAACACAUAUAGAUUAAGCUGCUAAACGUUUUUCAAUAUGUUUAAACCUUUAUAUAAAAAUUGUCCAAACAAAUCAACCCUUGGACUUGCUGGAAUGUCACAAUUUCAGUAAUGUUUAAGCACACAUUUUUGCUGUUAAAACCUACAGUGCUAUUGUCCACAAUCAGGGUUUGAACAAAAAAAAGAGCUCAACAAAACAAUUUAGCUACCAUCUGCAUUGAGAUUGUGCUAGAGGGAACUCGUUUUAAGUCUAUAACUGAAUCUCAGUGUUCCUCCUCCCUCUCCCUUGCUCUCAACAUAACUAUUUUUAAAGUUUUUUUUAACCAUGAGACAUGGGAACAGAAUGUGAGGGCAUUUACUAUCCAGGCCUCCUUCCAUUCCUGGUCAACUUGCCAUGGGAAAAUCAAUCAUUUGGGGAAAAAUGCUACCUAGCAAUAAAAUGAUACCCUGUAAAAAGACAAGUGGUGGAAAAUGAAUUGAUAGGCAGGGUCCCCAACACCCUCUAAAAAUAAUUACUAAAUAUUACCUCUGCUUAUGGUGUUCCAAGCCUUGUUAUCCUUGUUUACACAACAUUCAACCCUUUACUCUGAUAUUUAUGCAGGCCUGCAACACUUUCCCUCAUAAGAACAAAGUGGUGGAAAUGCUCACAUUAGGUAGAAUAUGCGGAAAGUUUACAUUUGGGAUCGAUUACCUUUCCUUGAUGUGAAACUUUAUUUCUUUCUCCAUACAUGUUGGCUAACCUCUAUUCCUAGCUAUUCAGUUUUAGUUUAGAAUUCUAGCAUCUGCGUUUUUGUGCCACUGCUGUACAGUGCAGCAGACCUCAGUACUGUCUGUGUUUGUACCUCUCACUCAAACUCAUGGAUUUCUUCCAGGUGCUGCAGUUUCCUCCUGAGUCAUGCCGGCAGGUUAAUUGACUUAUGUAAACUACCUCUAAGUAAGGGUUAAUGGUAAGAAGAAUUAAAGGGGACUUGAUAGGGAUUUAUGAGAGAAAAUAAAUUGACAACAGGUGAGAGGGGAGUGGGACUAAUGAAAUUGCUCCCCUGGAAGCUGGCCUGGAGAUAAUAGGCUAACUGGCGUGUUAUGUGUUGUUAUAGUUUUGAAAUUAUUUCUAAUCUAAGUGGUCCUUGCACAGCUCAAAUUACAAUCUUGCUGAGCAGUGAAUAUUCAAGUAGCCAAUGAGACACUACUCACUUCAUUUCAGUUGUGAAAAUCCACAGCAACGUGCUUCCAGAGCCAUCUAUCUUGCCAUUUAAGUUUAUCUUAUCUCUGGACAACUUCUGCCAUCUGUCCAUAUCUAUGUUUGUUAAAUGGAGGGAUUCAUGUGGAUGUGGUGUGCAUCAGUAAUUGCAUCCUGCUCCCAACCUGAAUUACGUAAUCAAAACCAUGUACACUGAAUACACUGCAGUUGCUGGUUAGAAUCCAGCCUCCCUUCGUUCCACAGAGAUUGCAAAAUCUGCAUUCCUCUGUGCAGUCUUUACCUGUAGCAGAUUCUUCACAUUCUGAACCAAGUCCCACCUGUUCAAAUGUAAAAUAGUGCAGAUAUCAUAAAUCAAUUAAGAACAAUGAUAGAAAUUAUCAGCAGGCCAAGCGUCACCUAUGGGGAGAGAAAAGGAUAAUGAUUUUUCAGAAGUGGGGAAAUUUAGAAAAUGGCAGUGGGUGGGGGAAGAUCUAUGAUGGAUAUGUGGCAGGGGAAAUUGACGUAAGGACUAAGUAUUCAAGGUGAAAGGACGUACAGAAGUAAUGGUCUAGAUGGAAGAAGCAGUCAUUUUUAAUUACUAUUGGAAAGUAUUUUCUAUACUUCAGAAAUGGAAACAAAAAGCUGUAAAUACUCAUUAUCUAAAAUUACUGAGCUCAGUGCUGUUUCAGAGGCUGUAAAGUGCUUCAUCUGUUCGCUUUCACACAGCAAAUGGAUACUCCUUUGAAACAUGACACUUAAAAGCCAAGAGGCAGUGAUUUUAUAUAAAAUCUGCUUCAGACCACAUGAUACAGUACUAUACAUAGCUCUGAUUUCUACACUUCAGGAAGGAUAAUGAGGGUCAGAGAAGGUAAAGCAGAGACUUGGCUCUCUGUUGUAAGGAAUAACAAUUGUCACAAAAUUUGGAUUGUCGAACAUUAAUUACAAGCCAAAGACAUUCUGUAGUAUAAGUGCAAAGAUAUUAAAAUGGGAGUUAAUUUAGAAAAGAGGGGAAAUUACAGUUCAGGUUGUAGAAUUAUUGACAAAGUUGGUGGUUUGAGCAGAAAAUCCCAACCAGAUUAUAUUGGAUAUGUAGAUAGAGCAAUUGGGGUUGAAGGGAGCAAAAAAAAACUGCUGGGCGACAGGGUCAUGCACCAUCUGUGGAGGCAAAGGAAUAAUUGAUGUUUUAGUUGUGACUGUGCUUCUCCACAGAUACUGCUUGAGCAACUGAGUUCCUCCAGCAGUUCUGCACCUGCUUCACGUCUCUUGUGUCUCAAGGGGUUGAAGGGAUAUGGGGAACAUGUACAAAAGGUAAAAACUGACAUAGGCUGGUGGGCCCAAAUGUAUUUCUGUAGGUACUUAUAGUUAAUAGAUAAAUUAAUUGUAAUUUGGUGAAAGUGAGGAUAAAUUAGUAAGGUUGAUCCACAAGGACAGUAGGAGGUUACAGUUUGAAUCUAAAUUGGGUGGGGUGUAGCCUGAUUCUGGUCACUGUUUCAUGUGUGUCUUUUCCUUAAAAUAACCAGAGAUGAGUAACCACUGGAUAUCAGAGUUUGACCGUCUUUGCAAACUGUGCCCCAUCUGGUAUCAGCAGAGGAGAGGAGAAAGUUGGUUAAUAACUUGCUUUAUUUAUGAUUCCACUUGAGGGCAGUGCAAUGCAGAGCUCAGUUCCUGUUCUCCAAAAACAGUCCAGGGCUGUAGAUGAUGUAAUAUUAAUCCUUUAAGGGCUAUGUGCAUGUCAAAAGGGGGUCCCUUUCUUGUUACAGCAGCAAAAGUAUAGUUGUUGAAUCCAAUAAACUGUUAUUGAGAAUUACUGAUAUUGAUCCAUGGAUCAGAUUACAAUCAACCAGAGUGUUGUAAGCUAAACUGUUACUGAUCAUUCUUCCAAAGUUUGCUUCAUUUUCUUGUGAUAAAUUUGGAUAAGCUGAAAGUUUUUAUGUAAAUUUCUGGAUUUGGCUGAACAAAAUAAAAACCCAUCCCUUGG